AUGGCAUAUAUGAAGACAGUAUCGUGCACUGAACAGGACGUGAAGAUGACGCGUUCCCGGAGAUUCAGCCACCGCUGUUCCAAGAACCUAACAUCAGCCACCAGUUUGUUCUACGUACUUUCCGGUCCCUGGAAUCAGUGCCACAUCACUGUUUGGAGUACGCUUUGGCUGGGGCUUUGUCUCGUCUAUUGUUCGAUGAAUAUUCCUUCUUCUCCUUCGCCCCUUCACCUCCCAUUUUUAAGAGCCUCCAAGAUGGAGAACCUUCACCAUUCCCCCUAUGUCUACGGGUUGACCACCCGUUUAGAGAAUCCUCGCGCUCAAUCCCCUUAUCGGCGUUUGACCAUCUACAUUGACAACUUUGUGCAAUGGGAGUCGAGUAUAUGCUCAUCGGAGUAUUCAUGGCGAGUAGAUACACCUAUACACUUCGCCGCAUCCUCAAACAUCAUAAUAAAAUUGUCCAGCCCGGAUCCAUCGCUCGUGGUGGACUCCGGGACUAGUACGCAACUUGGAAGUUUCAGUGGUAGAGUCAUUGAGCUUCUCGACGGUCAUAGCGUACAUAUCGGGAUAGAGGGCAAAGUUCACUGCCUGGUCCAGCUCGCUCCUGUGUAUCGCAUCGACAUGCCCACUCAUGACAACUUUUCUAGAGGGAUCAUGCAUUCCCUGCACAAAGCAGCGGAAUGCAUACUCACUGCUGAUAAAACACAAUGGAGUGGCGUCCACCGUAAGAUCGUAGACUCAUGUCAAAUUGUAGUCUCAGAAUCUCAAGAUGAGGCCCAUGACAGCCGUAUCAUCGACUUGGCGGAAUGUUUGUGCAAGCUCUACAAGGCCGUUCCCUCACAAUCCAAUGCUUUCGUAAAGGCGGUUGCAAGGGAAGCAGUCCAGAUUGCUUCACUGAUCGACAAAUAUGAGAGGCUACCUGAAAAAGACGAUAUGAAUCAAGAUAUGGGAGAAUACUAUGAAAUUGUCCGAGCUCGCUGCGAGAUUUUGAUGAAGGGUCUUGACACUGGUUAG